GAGCCCGCGCGGAGCAUGGAUCCGGGCUGGGGACAGCAGGACGUGGGCUGGGCGGCCCUGCUGGUCCUCUUCGCCGCCUCGCUGCUCACGGUGCUUGGCUGGCUGCUCCAGUAUGCCCGGGGCUUGUGGCUGGCGCGGGCCCGCGGGGGCCGGGGGCCGGGACCCGCCUUAGCCGCCGAGCCCGCGGGCUCCCUGCGGGAGCUGGGCGUGUGGCGCUCGCUGCUGCGGCUGCGGCCGAGUCGGGCCGGCGCCCCCGAGGAGCCAGGCGUCCGGGGCCUCCUCGCGUCGCUCUUCGCCUUCAAGUCUUUCCGAGAGAACUGGCAACGGGCUUGGGUGCGAGCGCUGAACGAGCAGGCCUGCAGGGACGGGAGUUCCAUCCAAAUCGCCUUUGAGGAGGUGCCCCAAGUCCCACCCAGAGCCAGCAUUAGUCAUGUGACCUGCGUAGACCAAUCGGACCGCACCAUGGUGCUGCAUUGCCAGCUCUCUGCUGAGGAGGUGAUGUUCCCAGUCUCUGUGACCCAGCAGUCCCCCGCUGCCGUCUCCAUGGAGACCUACCACGUCACUCUGACACUGCCACCAACACAGCUGGAAGUCAGCUUGGAGGAAAUCCCAGACCAGGGGCUGCUCGUGUCCUGGGCCUUUACGGAUCGCCCGGAUCUCAGCCUGACGGUGCUUCCCAAGCUGCAGGCCAGGGAGAGAGGCGAGGAGCAAGUGGAGCUCUCCACUAUUGAAGAAUUGAUCGAGGAUGCAAUUAUCAGCACCCAGCCAGCCAUGAUGGUCAACCUCAGGGCUUGCUCAGCCCCCGGAGGCCUGGUACCCAGUGAGAAGCCACCCAUCGUGCCCCAGGCACAGCCAGCCAUCUCCAGACCCACCCGGUUAUUCCUACGGCAGCUUCGAGCAUCUCACCUGGGAAGUGAGUUGGAAGGCACCGGGGAACUGUGCUGUGUAGCUGAGCUCGACAACCCGGUGCAACAGAAGUGGACCAAACCCAUGAGCGCCGGUCCCGAGGUGGAGUGGACUGAGGACCUGGCACUGGAUCUGGGCCCCCAGAGCCGGGAGCUGACCCUCAAAGUGCUGAGGAGCAGCAGCUGUGGAGACGCUGAACUCUUGGGCCAGGUCACACUGCCUGUGGGCUCCCCUUCCAGACUACUGUCCCGGAGACAGGUAUGCCCACUCACCCCUGGGCCGGGGAAAGCCCUGGGACUGGUGGCCACCAUGGCAGUAGAGCUUCAGUAUGAGGAGGGCUCCCCCCGGAACCUGGGCACUCCGACUCCCUCCACUCCACGACCCAGCAUCACGCCCACCAAGAAGAUCGAGCUAGACCGGACCAUCAUGCCUGAUGGCACCAUUGUGACCACAGUCACCACUGUCCAGUCCCGGCCUCGUGUCGAAGGGAAACUAGACUCCCCCUCCCGAUCCCCGUCCAAGGUGGAGGUGACCGAGAAGACUACGACUGUGCUGAGUGAGAGCAGCGGCCCCAGCAGUGCCUCCCACAGCAGCAGCCCAGGGGAGAGCCACCUUUCCAACGGUUUGGACCCUGUAGCGGAGACAGCGAUUCGCCAGCUCACAGAGCCCAGCGGGCGGGCAGCCAAAAAGACACCCACCAAGCGUAGCACUCUUAUCAUCUCUGGCGUUUCCAAGGUGCCCAUUGCUCAGGACGAGCUGGCACUAUCUCUGGGCUAUGCGGCAUCCCUGGAGGCCUCAAUGCAGGACGAUGCAGGAGCCAGUGGAGGUCCCUCCUCCCCGCCCUCAGACCCACCAGCCAUGUCCCCAGGACCCCUCGAUGCCCUCUCCAGCCCCACCAGCGUCCAGGAAGCAGAUGAGACAACACGUUCGGACAUUUCUGAGAGGCCAUCUGUGGAUGAUGUUGAGUCAGAAACAGGGUCUACUGGUGCGCUGGAGACCCGCAGCCUCAAGGAUCACAAAGUGAGCUUCCUGCGCAGUGGCACUAAACUUAUCUUCCGCCGGAGGCCUCGACAGAAGGAAGCUGGUCUGAGCCAAUCACACGAUGACCUCUCCAACACGACGGCCACACCCAGUGUCCGAAAGAAGGCUGGCAGCUUUUCCCGCCGCCUUAUCAAGCGCUUUUCCUUCAAAUCCAAACCCAAGGCCAAUGGCAAUCCCAGUCCCCAGCUCUGAGGGCCCUUCUCACCUCCUGAGCUAGGAGAGGGCAGGAGUCCUCUCUGAUCACCCCCAUUCCUCUUCCAUUCCCCUUCCUGGAUUCCCAACAGCCCGGGCCAGGGAAGCCCUCUGGGUUCCAGGAAGCCCUGUUCACCCUGGGCUGUGGGGCCAGUUGGAAGGGUACUUGCAACGGGAAGCAUGAGAGAGGUGGGCACCCGUUGCUGAAGACACGGUAGAGGGAGUGGAUGUCUGGGAGUAAGAGGAGGGCUCUGUCCUAGCACGUGUGGGCAUUCCUCAGAACCUACUGCCUGCUGUUGACCUUGGCCCCUCAGAGGAGUCCCAGGGUGCUCAGCUCCUCAAGCUGGUCCUUCCUCCCCUAUUUAUUCUCUUUUCUAUUUAUAUGUGUGGUCCGGGACCCUCAGUGAACAGAUGAGAGAGGGCAUCUCUCCCAGGUGACCCUUCUUUCCUGUCCCAGGAGGGUAGGCAAUUAAUUCCCUUUGGGACAGGACUCCCAUGUCUCCCUCAGGUCCCCACUCCGACCAGCACCAGUGUCUGCCUCUGGGGACAUUGGCAGCUCACAGAAAGCCGGGCUGGUGCCCCGGAUGGGGGGCAGGUACUCCCCACCUCCCUGCCUCCCCUCCUGCUCCUCAUCCCUCCCUCCUGUUUAUUACUGUUUUUGUACUUGAUGCCUUCUCCGUGAGCAGUGGCUCUGAUGGAAGGAGGGAGCCAGGAGCUGGGUGGAAGCCUUCCCCGGAGACAUGGCUUCAGGGGCUUUAUUAAAGACUGUGAUGAUGAUGAUGAUGAUGAUGAUGAUGAAGCAAGAGUAGGGCUACACCUCUGUGUGUUGGGAGAUGAUGAUGUCCAUUGCUGUGUGAUGGCUUGGAAUUUAAUUUAUUAAAUUAAAGUCAAAUUGGAGUUUAUAAACUGGA